CGGGAUGUUCCCGGCCAGCAGUCCGCUGGUCCUCACCCUGUCGGCGGCCCGGGUCAGCCGGGACUACUAUCUGGAGCUCCGGGGAACAGGGUCCAGGGCCCUGGUAACACUCUGGUGGACGACCUGGAGGCUUCUUUCCAGGCUUGCUUUGCGUCCCUAGUGAGUCAAGACUACGUGAACGGAACCGACCAGGAGGAAAUUCGGACAGGUGUGGAUCAGUGUAUUCAGAAGUUUCUGGAUGUUGCCAGACAGACAGAAUGUUUCUUCCUGCAGAAGCGUCUUCAGUUAUCAGUCCAGAAACCCGACCAGGUGGUCAAAGAGGAUGUGUCUGAGCUGCGGAAUGAACUCCAGAGGAAAGAGCUGCUUGUUCAGAAACACCUGUCUAAGCUGCACCACUGGCAGCAGGUUCUGGAGGAUGUCAGUGUCCAGCAUCGUAAACCGUCAGAUCUCCCUCCACCUGGACCCCUGGCCUUCCUGGAACAGGCCUCAGCUAGUCUACCAGCUGCACCACUCAAACAGACCUAACACACACACCUCUCUCUCUCCCUCCUGUGUAAAUAUUUCUGUUGUUUUUUUUGCUGACAGAAUGAAUGAGUUUGGAUCAGAACCACCAGCUGUUGUUUUGUCCUGACAGUAUAAAUGAGUUUGGAUCAGAACCACCAGCUGUUGUUUUGUCCUGACCGAAUAAAUGAGUUUGGAUCAGAACCACCAGCUGUUUUGUCCUGACAGAAUAAAUGAGUUUGGAUCAGAACCACCAGCUGUUGUUUUGUCCUGACAGAAUAAAUGAUUUUGGAUCAGAACCACCAGCUGCUGUUUUGUUCUGACAGAAUAAAUGAGUUUGGAUCAGAACCACCAGCUGUUGUUUUGUCCUGACAGAAUGAGUGAGUUUGGAUCAGAACCACCAGCUGUUGUUUUGUCCUGACAGUAUAAAUGAGUUUGGAUCAGAACCAC